ACUUUCGACACAGCUCUACCUUUCCUCGAAAAACCUUCACCAUUGGCUCGCAAGGAAUCCGAACUCCCACCUGAUGAGGUCGAUCUUCCCGACUGUGGCUCAGAGACUGAGCUUGCUAGCGCUCCAGCCCUCGGUUUCUGCCGCCCAGUUUUGCCUUCUGGAUUCGUAUUUGAUCCUAGCUUCCAUCAUCACCUAACUCAGCAUGCUGGGACGACACAGCAGCUGUGUGGUUCUCUUCGUUCACCGAUGCAUUCACCUUUACAUUCCCCUUUGCAUGCGCUCCAGCCUUCUGCACAAACUUUGGCACAUUUGCAGAAUAAUGUUCGCCUGCAUGUACAAACACAUUCGAAUCCUGAAUCCGAGGCGGAUUCCCGGGCCCUUGCUCAGGGACAGUUGCACUCACCUACUCUAGGGCAAGCAGGCGCCCAAACAACUCUUCCCCUGAAUCACUCUGCAAUGCAGACGUCUUCACAUUGCCUUCCUCACUUUAUGCAUUCUGGUCCACCACUACCACUGCCGCAGCCUGGAUUGGCAUCAUCCUGUAUGCCCGCAGAGCUACGUGCCCUAGCAUCGAGAUUCAGAGGUCCCUUGCCUCCUACUCUAAUGAUGAUGAUGAUGCCGCCACCUGCGGCAGCAGUAGUGGCUGCUGCGGCUGCUGCUGGGAGACAGCCACCUUCUGCUACAGGACUAUCGACUCCACUAACCUUUUUAACCGGCCUACAUGGUAGUCCUCCAACACACUUACCUGUAACUUCACUGCCGCCUGUUCGACUUUCUCAUACAGAUAUGACCACCAACUCUUCAGGUACUUUAUAG